GCCCGUAACCUAAAAUCUCUCUCCCCUAUCUCCUUCUCCUCGCCUGAAUCGACCACCGCCAUGAAGCGCUCCGCCGACGACCGCGACCGGAAGCUGCCAUCGGCCACCGACAUCAAGCCCGUCUUCAUCACCAAAGCCGAGCGCCAACGUCUUGCCCUCCAGCGACGCGAGGAGGCCGUCGCUGAGCAGCGUCGCGCCGUCCUCGACCUCCUGCAGCAGAACCACCACCACCCCCCCAAGCCCCCGUCUUCUGAAGACCCCCAGCCGCCCUCUGACAACAACGACCGCCGCGAUCGCGAUCGCGACCGCGACCGGGAUCGGGAUCGAGGCCGCGACAGGGAUCGGGACCGUGACCGGGAGCGGGAGCGGGAGCGGGAACGGGAACGGGAGCGUGAGCGGGACCGGGACCGCGAUCGACGCGCCCGCGACCGGGAGCGGGAGCGCGAGGACGAGGCCCGUUCGCGCGAGCGGGCGCGGGCGGAGAAGCAGGCGGAGCGCGAGCGAUCCAAGGAGCUCGAUGCAAUCAAGGAGCAGUACUUGGGGUCUAAGAAGCCCAAGAAGCGGGUGAUCAAGCCGAGCGAGAAGUUCCGCUUCUCUUUCGACUGGGAGAACACCGAGGAUACCUCCCGCGACAUGAACGCCCUCUAUCAGAACCCCCAUGAGGCGCGGCUUCUCUUCGGCCGUGGCUUCGUCGCUGGCGUCGACCGCCGCGAGCAGAAGAAGCAGGCCGCACGCCACGAGAAGGAAACGCGUGAGGAGAUUCGGCGUAAGGAGGGCCUCGAGGAGCGCCCCGAGGAGGCCGCCGCCCUGCGGAAGAAGGAGGCCGCCGCUGACCUCUAUGAUUCCUUUGAUAUGCGCGUGGAUCGCCACUGGUCCGAGAAGAAGCUCGAGGAAAUGACCGAGCGAGACUGGCGCAUCUUCCGUGAGGAUUACAACAUCUCCUUCAAGGGGUCGCGGAUCCCACGCCCUAUGCGAAGCUGGGCUGAGAGCAAGCUCAGGACCGAGCUCCUCAAAGCUAUCGAAAAGGCCGGUUACAAGACCCCCUCCCCUAUCCAGAUGGCUGCCAUACCUCUUGGCCUGCAGCAGCGCGAUGUGAUUGGCAUUGCAGAGACCGGAUCCGGUAAGACUGCAGCCUUUGUCCUUCCCAUGCUUACAUACAUAACCAGGCUGCCACCCAUGAGUGAGGAGAAUGAAGCAGAGGGGCCGUACGCCGUUGUCAUGGCCCCUACACGUGAGCUCGCCCAGCAGAUUGAGGACGAAACUGUUAAAUUUGCCCACUAUCUGGGAAUCAAAGUGGUCUCCAUUGUUGGCGGGCAGUCAAUCGAGGAGCAGGGAUUCAAAUUGAGGCAGGGGUGUGAGGUGGUGAUUGCAACACCUGGUCGUCUUCUUGAUUGCUUGGAAAGGCGAUAUGCUGUGCUAAAUCAGUGCAAUUAUGUUGUCCUCGAUGAGGCUGAUCGGAUGAUUGACAUGGGCUUCGAGCCGCAAGUUGUUGGUGUUUUGGAUGCUAUGCCUUCUAGCAAUUUAAAGCCUGAGAAUGAGGAUGAGGAGCUCGAUGAGAAGAGGAUAUAUCGUACCACAUACAUGUUCAGUGCGACCAUGCCUCCAGCUGUGGAGCGGCUUGCAAGGAAAUACUUAAGGAACCCUGUUGUCGUGACAAUUGGUACGGCUGGCAAAACCACUGAUCUUAUCACCCAGCGAGUCAUCAUGAUGAAGGAAUCUGAAAAGCUCCCGACGCUUCAGAAGCUGCUAGAUGACCUUGGAGACAAGACAGCUAUUGUUUUCUGCAAUACAAAGAAGUCUGCAGAUGCACGGGCCAAGGAUCUGGACAGAUUCGGCUACAGGGUGACAACACUUCAUGGAGGGAAAUCACAGGAGCAGAGGGAGAUCAGCCUUGAGGGAUUCAGGAACAAGAGGUUUAAUGUUCUUGUAGCGACAGAUGUGGCAGGACGUGGCAUUGACAUUCCUGAUGUUGCUCAUGUGAUCAACUAUGAGAUGCCAAAUCAAAUUGACAUGUAUACACAUCGUAUUGGCCGUACAGGACGUGCUGGGAAGACAGGAACUGCAACUACAUUUUUGACUCUGCAUGACAGUGAUGUAUUCUAUGAUCUGAAGCAGAUGCUGAUACAAAGCAAUAGCCCGGUGCCGCCAGAGCUGGCUAGACAUGAAGCUUCAAAGUUUAAGCCUGGGACAAUUCCUGAUAGGCCUCCUAGACGGAACGAGACACUUUUUGCUCAUUGAGGAAGCUGUUUUAUGCACAUUAUUGAUGCACGAAGAUCUGAUUGUGGGUGCAAAAUUUAAGCUAAUGGGUGCUGAUGAGUUUGAUUAUCUUCAUGUUAGGGACUCCAUUCAUUAGUUAUCCUUUAAUUGGUAGAAAGCAUCUAGGAUUGUGUUCUAAGGUACUUCUGUUCCUCUCAGUCCGACUCCGUCUUGAAAGUUAGUAGGACUUACUAGACUUGAAUCAUGGUGUGAUAUCUGAAUUAGAAGUACUUGUGUUGUUAAAAUGCUUCCAAAUCGAUCUGUAUAUGCCACUAAGUCCUUUUCGUAUUUUGUUCUUCUGUCACUUGGGUCUUCACUCCAAAUAUAUGCUUAUGGUGACUAAUUGGAUGGAUUAAUUAAAAUUCUACAUGCUUAUCUA